AGUUUGAAGGCUCUGGGAGUACUGAAAGCUCUUCAGAGGAUGAGGCUUAUGGUUUAAUUAUGGGCAAUCUAAGCCUUUGUGGCAACGUGUCGGAUAAUGUUUUUCUGCCUUUUGUGGGUGACUGCAAUAGGUACUAUCUCUGCCGUUCCGGCCAAGCCAUCGAACUGCAGUGUGAAUGGCCCUAUCAAUUCAAUGCCAAGACGCAGAGCUGUGUCAAUCCCGGCGAGGCUGAAUGUUUACCCACUUGCGAAGACUUCACUUUCAGCACCUUUAGUUAUCAGAGAACCUGUACUAAGUACGUGCUCUGCUACUAUGGGCAUCCUGUUCUAAGGGAAUGCCAGGAUGGCCUUCAAUACAACUCUCAAACAGAUCGCUGUGACUUCGCCCAGAACGUGGACUGUGUGGAAUCCGAAUGUUCCAUCUACUACAAUGCCUAUCACCUGCAAUAUGUGCCCAGCAAGGUGUCCUGCGAGAAGUAUUUCCUCUGCGGCAAUGGAAUUCCAAGGGAGCAGACCUGUGCUCCUGGUCUGCAUUUCAGUACCCAUUGUGAUUGCUGUGAUAUUCCAUCGAAAGCGGAGUGUCAGAUUCCAACGGAACAGAGGAAAGCUCGGCAGUUUUCACGUCUUUUGCCCAGAACUACUGACGGAAUCUGUCCCCCUAAUGGUGUCCAUUUCUAUGCCCAUGAGUCUCGCCAGGAUGCCUAUUAUUAUUGUGUGGAUGGACAUGGCUUGGUUCUGGACUGCUCGCCGGGUCUGUGGUACGAUCAGGAGGUUAAAGAGUGUCGUGAACCGCAGAAUCAUUGGAUCUUUAUUUUAAGCCAGUCUAAGCCAGGUCUAGGCCCCUACAAACUGUGGUUCCCGGCACUCUCCGCGCUUGGCAUCAAAAACCAGACCAGGUGUGCAAUCCAAGGUAACUCCAUGACCAUUCAGGCAGUAGUAAUAGGCAUCCUCACGCUUCUGAUGGGCAAUGAAAUGGGCACCCUCCAAGGGACACUCAAUAUUAUCCACACAGUCCACAUACUGUGGAUAGUCACAACGAUCGGUGUUGGCAUUGUACUGCAGACCAUCGGAGCACUGACGGAUCACGGGGGUACCAUCGAAACAGAGGACGUACUUGGUGCAGGUGCGAUCGUAGCAGAAGGAGCCCAGACCACGAGACUUACAAGAUGGGAUGCAUUGGACCUCCUCAAUGUGAAGUGGCUAAUAAGUGCCGGUCUAGUGUUGGUUCUUCUGAUGGUCCCACGGAUUCAGGCCGACGAAGAUCUUGUGGAAGCACCCGGUCCAGACGAAAGCCUCGAAGAAGAAGAUGUUAAGGAAGAGGAUAUAUAUGAUAUGUACACCAACACCCAGAUCGACGUCUGCAAGAAUGUUGCCGAUGGAGUUCAUCUGCCCGUUGUGGGAGAUUGCUCUAAAUUUAUCGAGUGUGAAAACAACACAAUAAAGAAAAUGGGCAGCUGUAUAGAUAUUGCUAUGAGCAACCCAGACGCGUGUACAAAUGCGACUGAGUGUGAUUUUAGAUAUGAUCCUGUCCUUCAGGUGUGCACCAAUAAGAAGGUGCAGUGCCUGCCCACCUGCAAGUCGUUUCAAUUGAGCAGCUUCUGCUAUGACAAUACCUGUACUAAGUACGUUCUCUGCUACUAUGGUAAGCCAGUACUACGAGAAUGCCAGGAUGGACUUCAGUAUAACAACGUAACGGAUCGUUGUGAUUUUCCGGAGUAUGUGGACUGUGUGGCCAACGACUGUUCGGCCACUUUCCAGCCGCAGGACAUCAUUUACCUGCCCAGCAAAGCCUCUUGCAGCAAGUAUUUUGUCUGCUCCAAUGGUCAUCCUUGGGAGCAGGAGUGUGCACCCGGCUUGGCCUACAAUCCCGAGGGCAAAUAUUGCGAUUUCGCUAAGAAUGUAGAGUGCACGAUUGAUGCUGCUGCCCGGAAUAUUAUUCCGUAUUCCCGAUCUCCCAUGCGUCGUGCCGACAUUAAGUGCCCCCAAUCGGGAGUUCACUUCUUUGCCCACAAAUCCCGCCGGGAUGCCUACUACUAUUGCGUCGAUGGCAGUGGAGUUACACUAGACUGCACUCCGGGUCUUUUCUACGAUCCCAAGGUGCAGGAGUGCCGCAGACCGGAAUAUAUUGGUUUCUAA